GUUAUUUUUCAUAUUAGUUGUAAAGUGUGUUGUUAAGAUACAAAAGGUGCGAAUGAAGCCAUAGCAUUAAAUACAGAUACAAAAGCCAUAAUGGCAGACACUUCAAAGAAAAGCAUAUUUAAGGAUACCACUUCAGUUCACAUGAACGUAGAUGUUGAGAAUCAACAGCGUGAGCAAGAAGAGGACGAGUAUGGCUUUUAUUAUUCCAUUGAUUGUUUCAACAAGUGCCUGUUCUCCCUUCAUGACAACGUUAUGUGGAAUGCCAUACUGUGCUUCCUGGCCGUGGCGGCCAUAGUCGUAGUGUCCAUCGAGUUUAAAAGCACUCUUUCAGAGUUGUUUGAAGUUGUGUAUAAUGUUUUCUACGCCGUACAUGUCCUAAGUCUAGCCUACAACUCCCUGGCCAAUCUGCAUACAUCUGACUUAGGUCUAUGCACAGCCAUUUCUUUUCUCGUCGAUGUCAUGACAUUUUCUCCUUACUUUCUGAGAGUUGAGAACUUGUUUUUGUUUAAGCUUGUUUGCUAUUACGUGAGAUUACAUCGUCCGCUUAGGUUCCUAUGGGCUUUGAGUGAUUAUAAUCUCAAAGGCAGCAUAGUAGCGACCACACUCAAGUACACUUAUUUUUUUAUGAUAUUGAGAGUCUCUUGGGUUCUUAUUUGGCUACAUUUUGAUACGUUGGAAAGCGAUAAUAGUAUUCAACUCGGUAAAACAAGGUACCACAUACCAACAAAACAUGAACCGAAGUUGACAAGCCAGAUGCCCAGUCGUUUCCUCAGUACUUACUAUAUAAUAAAUAAGAUGUUUAUACCGAUUGGUCCAUCCAUACCGCCGCGGAACGAUCUGGAACGCAUUGCUUUCCUGUCAGUGAUGAUAGUAGGGUGUCUCAUGGUGACGGGGGCUGCGGUCGCGUCCCUGUCCCUCGUCAUCAGCAUCUACAUGAGGCCCGAGGAGAAGUUCCGCAGCAGAUACAGGCUCAUCAUGAAGGAAAUGCAAGAGCCCACUAUCCCUCCAAACUUACGAGAGAAGGUUGAGACCUUUUACAAAAUGUACUGGCACAAGCAGAAGGCUGUUUCGACCGCAGAGCUGAUGCCGAUUUUUCCGCCCUCGUUGUCUUCCACUAUUUACACCGAUAUAUAUUUCAAGGCGACGCAAAAGUGCCGCAUUCUCCGAGAUCUUUCCUAUCAGUUCCUUUCGGAGCUGGCGAAGUUGACGGAGACGAUACACUAUAUCCCCGGAGAUCAGAUCAUAAGACGGAAUAACAGAAAAUCUUCGAUUAUUUAUAUUACUUAUGGAGACAUAGAACUGCUGACGGCGGAGGACGACACCACGGCCCUGCUGCGUAUGAUCCGCGGCACGGCUGUGUCCUCGUGCGCGGGCGUGCCGGCGUGUUGCGGACGCGCGCACGUGCAGAUACGUGCAGCUACGUUCUGCACGGCGCACGUGCUGGACGCCGCGCAGAUUUGGAGGGCCGUUCAUAAGUACGGACGGAGGAGCGGACAAGGAAACAAGAUAUUGAAUGCGUUUAAUGAACAUUUUGAAAAAGUUAAGAGACAUUACAAUAUGCGAGAUCGAGGAGAAGUAAAACACAAAAGUAGUAUUUUACACUUCAAACGGAACCUCAUGGAUUUGAAGGAGUCGAGGGACGCGGCCGGUAACCUGCUACUGGCCGAAACUGAUGUUAUGAUAGAAAUAGCUGGUUGUUACGUGAUGAGGAACCGAGCUGACGCGUCUCUGACAGACGAGGCCGACGCCAUUUGUCUCCGGCCCACGUUCCCCUGCAUCCUCCAGCCUCGCUCGUCCCUCCAAGUGGCCUGGAACGUGUUCGUUACGACCGUCAUCAUCACUGUCUGCAUCACUCAUCCGUAUUUCUUAGUUUACAAAAAAACUGUUCCGACCGAGUUCAGAUUUUAUGAUUACGUGGUGACCUUCAUCUACAUCCUGGACCUGGUGGUGCACCUGUCCACUGGCGCCAAUGUCGAAGAUGGUGUUCCGAUAACUCUAGCGCAGACAUCUUCUCAACAAGCGCAGAGCAAGUUGUUCGUUCUGGAUGUCAUCGCGACUCUGCCGCUUUUGGAGUUUAUUGGUGAUGGACACUUCGCUGGUCUCAACAAGCUACUGAGAUUACCGAAGGUGUUUCGUGUGCUGAAAAUUGUAGAGGAAGAAUGUGUGUAUCAUAGCAACAUUGUGAGAUUCUGUUCCUACGCGUUGUUGUUGCUAUCUGCCUGUUACCUCCUAGCGGCUCUUCAGCAAGGAUUUAUGUGCUUCCAAUUCGGAUAUUGUUUAGUGACGAAUUUCACUCACAGUCCGUACUGGGAGAAACAACCACUUGAUACUGAAACUGUUCCUCACCGGUUGACGUUCGGCCUCUAUUGGGCCAUAUCUGUGAUAACUUUCACUGCACAUAUGGAGACCUGGGGAAUCGAUGACUGGAGACACGUACUUUAUACACUUAUAGUGUUAGAAAUCUGUGUCAUUUUAUACAUAUUUAUAGAAGCUGUCUACUCCGCUACAAUAAUGGUCACCUCUGAUUUGAGAGAGGAUUACGACGCAUCCAUAGAAAGUGUCACAAAGUUCCUUCUGAGAAAAGAUAUCGACCCAGUCUUAAGACAACGAUUCGUCGAUUACUUGCAGCUUUGUUGGUUCACGGACAAGGCGUAUUCAAUUACUAACAAUGAGAGUUCAAUAUUCUACGAUCUUCCACCGCACGUGUACCAAGACAUAGUGUCAAGACAGAGGAGCAAGUAUGUACUGAGUUUACCGUUUAUGAAGUGGCUUCAUAAAGAAGACUUGAAGACGAUAUCUUCUAAAGCGAGGUUGUUCUGUACAGCCCCUAACGAAAUAUUACUGAAUACAGGGGACAUGUGUAACGAAAUAUAUGUCAUCACGAGAGGGAUAUGCGAGAUCUUGAAUCCAGAUACUAAAGGAGUUGUUGGAGAACUCGGUGCGAAAUGUCACUUCGGAGUACUUGAAUGUCUAUUAAGAAUACCAGCAUUUUACACAGUUCGUGCUGUGACUAAUGUGGAAAUGUUUAAAAUAUCACGGAAACAUUUGAUCAACGCGAUAGAUGUGCCGCAAAUAAGAGAUGCUAUCGACUUCUCAAAGGAGCGACCGGAAUACCAUCGUCUUCAAAUACGUCGCGCGCCCUUCACGUCUUAUCGACCUCCAGAUUCUCCACCAAAUAUGGAAAGAUUCCGUUUGCCAAGGAAAUACGAGAGAGACUACGCGUUCCUACAUCCAUUCGAUAGAUUGGGAUUGCUUUCAUUUCUUAGGUACAUUUUUCCUCGUUUCACUCUCCGUCCUGAUGGUCGUUACUUGGUUCGUUACGAGUGGAUCCGAGCGGCCUCGGCACUACUAUCCGCUCUAGUGUUUCCUCCAUACACCUACCUUGUGCUACAGUUUCCUUGGCUUUACUUAGUCGCUUUGCUUCUUGAUUUGUCUGCAUAUUUUGAUAUUUUGCAGAGAAUGCUCGUUGGUUAUUAUAACGACGAGGGCAUACUGAUAUACCACCCGUCCAGCACCGCUGCGCACUAUGUUAAGGGAGCGUUUUUCAUUGAUCUCUUUGGGUGCUUGCCUUUAGAAAGACUUGAAUCUUCCUGGAAGCAGUCCUACCAGAACAGAUACCGCGAAACUCCCACUAAGCAGUUCCUGAUGCUUAACCGUCUGCUGCAGCUUUACCGCAUGCCGGCUGCGCAGCUCGGCCUCGCCUCCUUCAUACGAAGAGAUAUACUCUUAGUAAUUAAAUCCCUUCCGUUAUUCCUUGCUCUGCUGAACGUGCUCACCAGCUUCUUUGUAUACUCCUCCGUGAAUAUUUACUACACAGUGGAGACGAACGAGUGGUUCAUAAUUCCUUUGCCCGAUCCAGGGGGUUCGUGGUUACACUUAUUUAAAACAGCAUACCGAUUUAAUGUAACUGAAUCACCAUGGAACUUGCACCUGGGUUCGUACUUCUGGGUGGUGUACGAAACCACCACCACGGGCUACGGCAACUUUAAACCUACCAACUUUAAUUUGAUUAGAGUUCUCAUCGCUGGGAUGAUGAUCGGAGCACUUAUAACGACGUAUUUCUCUGUGAGAAUCAUAAGCAUAAGGGCGAACGUUAAUAAAGCACUUGCGGCCUUUCAAGAGGAUAUGAUUGACAUAUCCGCUUUCAUGAGAAGAGAGAAACUGGAUUCGAAUCUACAAAAACAAGUUCUGGCGCACUAUCAAUACAAUUGGGAGCGCAUGGGCGGUAUCGACUAUCGCAACGUCCUCAAGAUGUGUCAACAGAUCACAUUAAGAACCGACACCAUUCUCCAGAUCUACGGACAGACGUUUACAAUGUGUCCUAUUUUAAAUAAAUGUGACGUGUCCCUGCUACGUCUUAUUGGUCGCGCUGUCAGAACUACAUACUUUUUAAAUAACACAACAAUCAUUGAAAAGGAGGACGUCAUUUCCGAUAUUUUCUUCGUCGACCUCGGCUCUGUAGACCUUGAAGAACAGAAGGCUGAAACGAGCGUUACACUGGAAAAGGGCAGCAUGUUCGGUAACUUGACAUCGCGAAAUACGUACCGGUGCCCGGACAUCGUGAGGUCUCAUGAGGACGUCCGUCUGCUGCAAAUUAACGCGCAGACCUUCUUCAGCAUCAUCGCCGAUUUUCCGACUGUUCACGACCAGCUGCAAAUGUAUCGACCGAAUAAUGAGAGUUAUAUUGUCGGCGUUGAAACUAUCAUACCGAGAACGAAGGCUAAUUUAAGUCUGGCUUCCUCCGUGCCGACCAACCAAAGAAGAUACUUCAGGUUCCUACACAUCCGACAAUCUAUAGCCAGGAUGUACCUCAUCGUGAUCUCAUUAGCCUGCAUCUACGCUGACAUUUACAACGCAGGCUUCCAAGACAACAGACCCUUGCUGAUAAUGUCGCUGUACUUGUUAGACUUCUGUUUCAUGUGGAAGUUCGUCUUACAGUACUUCAUACCGCAAAUGACCGACGUUGAUGAUGGGGCGCUGGGGACCUACAUGAAAGUACGACUUCUUUAUUUCAAACAAGAAUUCAAAUAUGAUUUAAUAUCGUUCCUGCCAAUAGAAAUCCUGUGUUUGUUUUGCAAAAACAAUCGCGGGAUGGUCUUUUCUUGGCUGCGUUUGAACAGAUUAUUUCGGAUCGUAACUCUUUAUAAAUGUCUGAACCAUCACCACGAGCGUAUUUCCGCUAACCUGACCCUGGCCACGGCCGGCAGCGUCCUGAUCUGGUUCACAAUCUUCAUACACGGCUCGGUCAGUCUUUGGUUCUUCAUCGGAACCCUCGAAGAAAACGCCACUGAGAAAUCAUCAUGGAGUUACGGCGACGACGGUGUGUCCUGGUGUAACAACAACUACAUCUGCUCUCUUUAUUUUAUAUUGACAACCUUCACUCAAACCGGGGUUGGAGACAUACUGCCGAAGAAACAGUCCGAGGUGCUCUUUGUGUCGGGAUUUCAAAUCAUUUCGACCAUGAUGUGCAUGGUGUACGUCGGGGAGCUCUCUAAUAUUAUCCAGUACAAUUCGUACAGAUCCUUUAACUUUUACGCCAACUACUUACAGCUGCAGGAGUUUCUUAAAAACAAUCGCGUAUCGAAGAAUCUGGUGACAAUAGUCAACAAGUACUGCCUUCACCUGUGGCGCGAGUCACGCGGCCUGCAGAUCCCGUGCUUGCUAAGGACAGCUCCCGACUGUCUCAAGCUGCAAGUGAUGGGUGCUGCCUAUUUAAAACACUUGACGGAGAAGGAUAUAUUUAAAGCUUGCGAACCCGCUUUCCUACGUCAACUCGUCGGUUUUCUGCAAUUGUAUAGUUACACCGAAGACAUGUACGUUGUAAAGGAAGACGAAAUAACAAAUUCCAUGUACUUCGUUCAUUUGGGAAAGGUGCUAGAAACAUCAAAAAAUUCCAAUAUUGUAAAAUCUUAUCACCCUGGAGAAUGUUUCGGAGAGUUGCAGGGUCUGGAGCAGGACUUACCUUACACUAAAUCAUAUAAAACAGUUAUGAAAUCACAAAUUCUAAGUCUACAUCUCAAUGAUUUAAAAUAUUUACUGGCACAUUUCCCUCUAAGUAAAAAUACGAUUUACAAGUCAGAUGAAUCCGACGCUCCUCCGACCGACCGAGGCGAUGACCGCAGUGACGGGAGCUUCAAAGUCAAACCCCAAACGAGUUACGACAAAUCUCCUAAAACUGAUACCCCGCCAAUUAUACAUUCUGAUAUUGGUCAAGGAAAGGAAAUGACAGAAGCAGACUUCGAAGAGCUCGACACCGAGUGGCACACAAAUACACGGAUCCGCUCCUUAGACGAAGGCAACGUAACCGAUCUGGAAGUUGAAAAAGAUACAGUUCCAUAUGAAGAAACAAAAGGAGAGGGAAGCGCAGAAGACGUGACCAGACAAGAAGAAAAGACAUAUCGAGAUGAUUUCAAAAGCGUUGAAGAUUACAUUGAAUCAAAACACGGUUCGUACAUUAUGAUCCCAAAAGAAAAUUAUAAAACAGCCUCAGCUGGUACCUCCGGCUUGAAGAGGAGGAAGACUCACGUGUGGUAUCAAGAGAAGGAAGCCGCUUCACCCUCGACAGAAACACGUGAACUCAAGCCGAUCAGAGAUCAGAGUAUUGAUGAACGAAAUUCCAAAACCUUCGACAGCGACUCGCCAUUCAACAUCAAAGAAUCGACAUCGUCUCAAGAAAGCAUCGACAAAUUUAAAAAUCAGAAGAGACGUAAUGAACAAUGACCUCUUAUUUAUUUACUAAUACUCUCUUGUACCUAAUAAAUAAAUGAUUAAUACUAUAACAGGAAUCUCUAAA